CACGCAUUGUAUUUUGUAAUUCUAAUAUAAAAAUGUACGUGCUUAAAUUUUUUGCUUGCAUAGUUCUCAUUGGAUGCAUCAAGGCGAAAACUCUGGAUGAUUUAAAAAAUAAUUAUUUGGAGAUGAUCGUAAAAUGCACGUCAAAGUACCCAAUCACUGAUGAGGAUCUGGAACUACUAAAAACUGGAGACAUGGGAGACAAGGAGUCCACAAAGUGCCUUUUUGCUUGCGUGUAUAAAAAAACUGGGAUGAUGGACGACAAAGGAAUGCUGGAUGUUGAUCAAACGAAUAAAAUUGUCCAAACUUAUUUUUCUGAUAAUUCCGAGGAGCUUAAGAAGGGCUUGGCAUACACUGAAGCUUGUAAAAGUGUAAACGACGCACCAGUGACCGAUGGCGACAGAGGCUGCGAUAGGGCCGCUUUGCUCUUCAAAUGUACCACAGAAAAUUUACCAGCGGCCCUGACAGAUGAAGAAGUAAAAUUAGAAUUAAUGAAGCAUGUUAUGAAAUGUUCAAAAAACCAUCCCGUAGACUUUAAUGAGCUGAUGCAACUACAAAAAUUGGUCGUGCCAAAAACCACUGAAGCUAAAUGUUUGCUUGCGUGCGCUUACAGAAGUGAAGGUAUUAUGACAAGUAAAGGUCUUUAUGACUUAGAACAUGCCUAUUCAAUAGCAAAAUUAGUCAAAAAUGGUGAUGACCAACGGGAAGAAAAUGCAAAAAAGGUGGCUGAUAUUUGUGUUAAAGUUAAUGAGGUAGAAGUCAGUGACGGAGAAAAAGGAUGUGAAAGGGCUGCUCUAAUUUUUAAAUGCACUUUGGACAACGCUCCUAAGUUUGGAUUCAAAGUAUAGACAAAGAGAAAUGGCAAGUAAUGCUCCACUAUAUUCCACAUUAUAAUUAUCAGAAUAAUAAAAUUUUUAUUCUCCUUACA